AGGGGGGUGCAUUUAUACACAGUUGGUUUUACACGGCGACUCAGUUGAUCCGUGCCCUUGCGUCUUUCGUACCCGCCGCAGAGUCCCCAGAGCGCGCCAUGCAGACCCUCCGUCACCCCGCCGGCCUUUGCGCCGCUCUCCUGCUGCUGCUCGUGGCUGCCGCCGCCGCCGAAUCGGUGAGAGAAACUGAGACUAUGGACCCACAACUGUAUGCAGAGGAAUUUCCUUCUGGAGACUUGCCAGACGAUGAGGACUCGAGGCCUGACUUCACAAUUGACGAAGAAGAUGGCUUCGAUGCGUCGGGCUCGGGAGACACAAAAGGCGAUAUAGAUGCUGAGGAUGCCUUUGCCACCGGUGCCAGUCCUGAGCUCUCCCUGGACAACUCUAUCCCAGAUGAUAUUAAGAAAGAUACAAAAGAAAAACCAGCUAUUAUAGAAAAUGAGAUUAUUGUUCACAACAAAGCUGAAGCCCCUGAAGAAGAAGACUUGUCUAACAAAAUCCCUAUGGCCAGCAAAGCUAACAGCAGCAUCUUUGAGAGAACAGAAGUCCUUGCAGCUCUUAUUGCCGGUGGGGCAGUCGGGUUGUUGUUUGCAGUCUUCCUGAUCCUCCUGCUGGUGUAUCGCAUGAAGAAAAAAGAUGAGGGUAGUUACGACCUUGGCAAGAAGCCAAUCUACAAGAAAGCGCCUACAAAUGAAUUCUAUGCCUAAGGCUUGCCAAUGCCACAUACCCACUUGGGAGACAGAAACAGACUUUGUAAAAAGCAUUUGGACCACAAACAAGGAGCUCGGAAACAAACGGCUCUCUUGGAUCUAACGUCAAGCUGAUUAAAAAAAAAAAAAAAAAUCUGUGACCCUUCCCAUCCCACUCACAAUUGAAGAUGCAAUGUUAAAAAAAAAAGGCAAGAGUCUUAGAAAAGCCCCAUGUGGGGGUGUGCAUGUGCUCUAAAAUGCAAAGCAAAUUUUGCCAAAUUUUUUCUGUUUGGUUGGGUGAAGGGGUUUUAGAAUUGUAAAGCAGACUGUAUGAAACUGUUUGCAUCUGGUUGCAAUGCUCCAGUUUGCCUUGUUCUGUAGAAGGUGUACAUUCAAUUCUGCCUGUAGCAGGCCAGCCACACACGGUAUUUUUUGUAAAGAAUUUUAUUUAUGAAGUCUCCUACACACUACAGUGUAAUUUUAGACUUGAUGGAGAGCAUAGCUGCUGCCUGCAGAGUUUCAGCAUCUCUACGUACCGUUUUGGGUCUUAUUGUGAGGAAAUAGUUAUAUGGAAAGAAGCAAUUCCUCCUUGGGAAAGGGUGCUUAGUAGCCUACAAAAGCAAAAAUGUUGGGGCACAGGAACCUUUUUUCCAUUCCAGUGACCUUGAGUUGAAGAAAUAUAUUUUAAAAAAAUAAAAAAAUAGAUGGCUUCGUUUUAAAGAAAAGAAAAAUUGCCAGCCCGUACAAGCUUGUACCUUUUUUUUAAAUUUUCACGGGACAAAGGUUUUGAUCCCUUUCUCCUGCCUGUACAACUCUCUCUAGAUGCAUAGCGUUUUAUAUCACUCAUUGCCUGAACUGUAGCAGCAGCUACAAUAUGUUACAGCUUCCUAAGCUCAUAUCAUUGGUUACACUAGGCAAUUGAGAUGAAAAUAUUUAUAUUUUUUCCAGAAUAAAAACAAAGAUAUGUCUGAUUUUUUAAAUAGAACUAUUUAUAGUUUCUAAGAUGGCUGCUCUGUUUGGUAACCUUUUUUCCUUUUUUACAUGUAAAACACUAAUAUAAUGAAACUCCUAAUGAUUGUGAAAACUAUUUAAGCUUUAUUCUGUAUAUUAUACCCUAAAGGCAAUAACCUCUGCUAGAAUUCAUGUUUAUAUGCAAAAUCAGAUUUCUUCAAACAUGACUAAAUAUAAUGGGGGGAUUGUUUUUUUUAGCCUUGUAAUAUAUUAUCAGUGCUAUAGAGCUAUAUUUUUUCAGUAAAAAGUGCACAUUUUUUAUAAAUGUCUACCAGAAUGGGUUUUGUGCAGCCUGCCUGCAUGGGUGAUGGUUUACUCUCUCACUUUUCCUCUAGCAUCUGUCUUAUCUGAAUGUAGUCACCACUUCAUGUGUUAACUUUCUAAUAAAUGACCGCUGAGUAGUUCAGUUAGAUGAGUUGGGGUCUCGCUUUUGCACUUGAUAUGGGCAGCAUGGAUUCCAUUUUUGGAAUCUGGGUACAGCUGGGCCACACUGUAUUUAUUGCUUCCUAGUUAUAGGCAGGUAUGAACCAGCUCAAGAGGUGAAGUGGACAGCAAACUUUGGAAGCACCUGGUACGAAAAGUGACUUAUCUCUGCAAACAGCAGUUUAGGCUGAUAUUGAGAGGCUCCAAUCCUAUAGCAAGGUUUUGUUCUAUCUUGAGACGAUUGGCUUUCUGAAUGGCAUGUUGUCCAGCUUUCUCUAGAGAAGAGGGUCUUGGUGUGGGUUGGGGUGGAUUCCUGAUCCAUCCUUGGGCUGGCUGGUGCAGUCGUCACACUGCCUCCAUAGCUUUCAUCUGCUUGCUCCUGCCAGAACGGUACUGAAGCCUUUCAAUGACAUCAUACCUGUGCUAUGCAGGGGCCAGAGGAAGUACAAAGGUUUUGCACCAGAGCUAGGUUCAAUUCCUAGUUCUUGGAGUGAGGGGGAUGUAGCUUGGUGCAAUUGCAAGGACGGUUAGGUUAUGCUGUAUUGGGUGAACUGCUGCCUCAGUGCAGUAAUUUAUUGGAUCAGGCUAUUUUGUGUGGCAAAGCUGUCACUGGUAAAUACUCAGUCAUUCAAAAGUUCUUUUGAGGACAAGUAGAAUUUUGUGAUUCGAUCAGAUUGUAUCAAUGCUAAUGUCCUUUCUCACUUUUAAAAAAAGGGAAUUGCCAUACAGCAGGAGGCGUGAGCUUUGUGUUUAACUUGCCAAGCAGGGAUCAGGGAUUGCACAAGGCCAUACUUAACCACAUCAAUCCUGAUGUAAUCUUGAAGCUUUCUCAUAUGCAUCCUUUGAAAUUUUCUGAAGUCUUAUACCUAACUUCAUAGGCCUUAUGUAAAGGGGCCUGUACAGCGUUAGCUACCAAUCCUACCCCAGAGCUAUAUAAGGCAGGGGUUCUUGGACUUGGGUCCCCUAGUGGUGUUGGAGGACAAUGCCCAUCAUCCCCAGUCAUAGUGGCCUUCCCAGUGUGUUUGGGGAUGAUGGGAGUUGUAAUUCAAGAAUUUCUGGGGACCAAGGUUUGAGAUCCCAUGAUGCAAGGGUUACUUUUCCCUCUUAGUUUCGGCAGUAAAUUCAUACUGUGGUCUGAUUGUGGUUUUGCAAGACAGCUAGGAUAAACAUAUGGGCAAUGUUAAGGCUGUAUGAAGGAUUCUGCUCUGGCAUAAGCACAAGUCUUUAAACUUAGUUUCUGGAACUAUUUUCAUUUGGUGGGGGAAUGAUAUACUUAACACUUUUCUGUUCCUUGGGAAACUUAAAUCCCAUGUCUGCCUCUGAUUGCUCAGAUGAGAUUUCUUGUAUAUUUGCUUUUUGUUUUCACUGUCACUGAUUUGAUAAAAUAAACUGGUACUUUCUACGA